AACACUCAAGUUGAAACCGGGCAAAUAUUGAGACCAAUUUAAGAUGAUAUGGAAACGAAAGAGAAUACAUAUCACAAAACGAAAAUGUCCCAAGAUUUCUAUGGGUGUACUCAAGGGGAAAAGCGACAGAGAAUAUAACUGCAGAAUUGUGACUACUUCAUCCAACAUCAAACAGCUACUUAUUAAAGCACUAACAAGACAUGGCUGUUCAAGACUGUCACACAUACAACGCAAGAAACCAAAACCUCCGUUGGAUGGGAUAGCAAGACGGACAUUUCGGAAACAUAGCAUGGGACUUCAAAAAACAGCUCAUCGCAAGAGAAUCAGUGUCGGUGCCAGACGCCGGAACACGAUCUCUUCAAAUGUUCUUCGAAUGAAAAGCGCUCGACAGUUCCACUGCUACAUUGUAGCCAAUCAGCGGACGCAACCCAGUAAUUGGAAAUUUAUAAUUUGCUCCAAGUUCGGACAUUUGCAAAGAAAGAGAAAAGCGUCUUCCUUUAUCCAGACUGUCGCAAAUUUCAACAAUGAACGAAACGCUAUUAAGUGGAUAAAACAAUAUGACAGCUAUCUAACGGAUCUACAAUCCUGUAACAUUAAAAGUUCUCUGGCAAAGAUUUUCACAAAAAAUGUUGACCAAAAAGCUCAAGAGAAUAAGGCAGACAAUGAUUCUGAUACAAAAGAUGACUACCAACGUUCCUCCGUAUUUAAGAGAAUUUCGAAUUCAACCUCCCUGUAUGAAGAUUUAAUGUCUCUAAGGCACAUACGCAUCAAAAGUUGCAGCUUUCAAUGCUAUUGGAUGCUCCAUCAAAAUGAAACGAGUUUUCCUGCAACGACUAUUUCGAAAAUGUAUUUCAAUUAUGAAAUACUACGACUACGUACUUACUGUAACUAUCCGACACAUGGAACCAAAUCUGCUCUAGUUUUGGCUCAGAAUGGUUUCGUUUACAUUGGUUCAGGAUCAGACGAUAAAGUCACGUGUUAUGCCUGUCAAGGCAGUAAAGUCGAUUGGCUAGAGUCUGAAGUUGUUACAGAAGUUCAUAGGUCAAUGUCUCCAGACUGUUCCAUGGUGACAGGAGUAAAUAGUGACAAUGUGCCGAUCACUAGAGGCCAAAAGUCUUUUGAUGAGUUGAUUCAAAGUUUCAGCAUUCUAAGUAUUUUAAACACUGAAGGCAGCCAAGAUGUCAGGAAAGAGGACGAUGAAACACCCUCAUUGGAAAUACAGAUAGACGCAGCUCCAAUCGCUUGUCAAGAGCAGGUCAACAUAAACGAUGACGCUAGUGCUAAUAGCGUCACUAAAUCCCAAACUAUCCCAAUCAGAAAUAUCCCAACCUUUAAUCAGCAAGCAAGAAACGAGUCAACCUCUUUCAGGCCCUACGCUACAUUAGAACAAGCAUUUGUCACACUGCCUCUGUCAGUUCAGCCACCUCCUUCAUCCGACUCUCUAAAUGCACACUCUUCCAACUCUCCUCAUGCUCUGGCUCAGCCACUAACUAGAAAUGAGCCUCUUUCAUCAGAUACAAAUAGCACAGAAAGAAGUCCAGUGCAGCCUAACCCAAACGAAUACAAUUCCCCAGUCUCAGAAAACAACAGCAUCUUUUCACCACCCAAUGUUUACUCCAAUCUUCAGAGUGACACCGUGGCUUCUCAGCCUGCUACUACAUACCCCAAGAAACCUGACACACCCCAGCCUCCUAAUAAUAAUAGCAGAAAUACAGGCCCGACCUACUCAGAACUGGGAAUCGUUACGGAAAGACCUAAACGUCCAGAGUAUGCAAUAAAACGUGAAAGAGUUAAAACGUUUUCCAAUUGGCCAAGAUCCCAUCAUAUUCAAGUGGACGACCUGGCAGACGCUGGAUUCUAUUAUGCGGGUUACGGAGACUGUGCCAGGUGUUUCUUCUGUGGUGGUGGAUUAAGAAACUGGGAAGAUGAAGAUGACGUCUGGGUAGAACAUGCCAGGUGGUUCCCCAAGUGUGCUUUCAUCAGACAACUCAUGGGACAGAAUUUCGUUGACAAGGUGCAGGAUCUUAACAAAACCAAAGACAAGAUAUCUUACCAAAUGGUGACUGACGAGAUGGGAAUAUCGGCAUCAGCAUUUCAGCUUGACAGUAAAAGUAAUCCCUUAAAACGAGACCCCGCUGUCAGAGCAAUGAUGGAGUUUGGAUACCCAGAGAAAAUGGUUCUUGAAGUCGCAAACCUCCUUAAGUCUCAAGACAUGACACUUAUCCCAACUUUGUUCUAUCUCGCUGUAUCAGAAAACACACUUAUGUCAGCUGACGUGCUACUGAAAAAGUUAAAUGAAUGGAAUGUGAACAGUCCACAGCUGACCAGCAAACACUUGAAUGGAUUGACAAAAACAACAACAAACCAAGAUUUGGAAUCCAUUCGCAAAAUGAAAGAGAGAAACAAUGAACUACGCCAGCAGACGAUGUGUAAGAUCUGCAUGGACAAAGAUGUGGAGGUGGUGUUUCUGCCCUGUGGUCACCUGGUCUCAUGCGCUGAAUGUGCAGGAGCUCUGAAAGACUGCGCAGUCUGCAGGAAGCCUGUCAAGGGAACUGUCCGCGCUUUCCUGGGCUAGACAUUAGAGUCAUCGAAGAUCAGAAGAUGUUAUCGUUUCAUCUGUACUUAUUUUUAUAAGAGUUAGACAGCUGUUAAUAUUAAAAAUAAAGUCCAGGAUAUGAUUAGAAUUUGUUAUACCCUGGAUUAGAAUGGCGUUAAAAAAAAUGCAUAGCUAACUGUGCUGUGGUGGCUGAGUGUUCAGGCACUUUGCCUGCAAACCGAAAGGUAUCGAUUGAGACUUUGACCUUAACUCGACUCUAAUGGCUAUGUGGCAUAGUUGGGGAGAUCAAGGUGGUUAGACUUACUUCUGUUUUGUUUAACUGGUGAAGCUAAUUUGCAAGCCGAAAUGUUUGCCCAAUGUACGGAACACACGAUCCUUAACUGACAUUAUCUAUAACUUUUAUUAUCUUUCUUGUUUAAAAAGGUGUUAAUGAAAAAGUCAUACAAAUGUUUUGUCUGUUCAAAUUUUUAUUAUUUCUGAAUAAAUACACAUGCCUCCAUAGCGGGCCUGGUGACUGGGUAGUUAAGUGACCGGCUUUCAAAACGAGGUUCUCCAGCCUCAAGUUCGUGUUAAGGCUAGCACUGGGAUUUUUAACAUCGUGACUCUUACACCCCCUCCUUUUGACUGUAAAUAGGUCCCUUACAUAAGUUACGAAAGUUAUCUUCAGCCAUAGGGACAUCAGCCAUAGAGACAUCAGCCAUAGAGACAUCAGCCAUUUAAAUUCUCCUUUCGUCACCUGGGUCUUUUUGGUUGUUUUUUUUGCAAUGAGAACUGGGGAUUAAAAUUCUAAACUGGUUAGACUGGUUGGAAGAACUCUGAAAUUUGAAUUUUCGUACUAUAAGUAGAUAAAUGUCCGUUUUUGUUGAGUGCCUUUCACAAAAAAUUGUGACUACUUUCUUACUUAUUACAAAGCUUAUAUAAACUCACGUUGAACUUUGUCGGUCGCUGCUUUGAAUCUUCAAGCUAACCAUAGUUAACUAUAACUCUUUCUAGUUUCGUAAGUGAUACUUUAGCACGGUGGUUAGUUUGUUGGCCUAUAAGAGGCUUGAACACUCGAGUUCGAAUUCAGGCCUUCUUACACCCCCCCUUUCCACAAAACUGGUGCAAAUAUUUCUAAUCCAACCCAUGCUUAAUAAGAGCUAAAUAAGAGCUUUCAGUGUUAGAAUUUUGUUUUCGGAUGCUUCUUCAGAGUUGAAGAUUAUCUACUUCCUAGCCCAACUUUCUAAGGAGAAUGGGAGAUGAAAGCGGGCAGGGUUGGAACCCAGGAGUUUCGAGUCCACUGAACGACAGUCCAGAGCGCAUACCACACGACCUGGCAGCCAUAUUUUGUGAUUUAAAACUGCGCAUUUACGUUUACAAUUUUUUAUUUAUAUUGAUCGAUACUAACUUGAAAUAAAAAAAAACAUACAUAAAACUGACAAUAUUAUAAUUCUAUAGUUUGCAGUUAACCCAUAUCUUUUAAUGUUCUUUGAAUCUUGAUAAAGUUGAAUUCAAAUCUUGCCACGUUCUUUGAACUUUAAUAUAGUUAACCCAUGUCUUGUCAUGUUCUUUGAGUUUCGAUAUAGCUAAGUCAUAUCCUGCCACGUUCCUUGAGUUUUAAUAUAGUUAAUCCAGAAUUCGACGAGAUAUUGGAGUUAAAGAAUAUAAGUAUGUUCAGAUAUUGAUUAUUUAAUGUUGAUAUUCAAUGUCUUGAAGAGAAAUUUAAGUUUUGCUAAACUUAAUAUCUAGACAUAUAAAUUUAGCUUAAUUUAAUAAAUACCGGGUAUCUUACAAUAUAGAAGUUUCGAUUUUGACAUUCAAUAACUUGAGAUAUUGAAUUUUGAUUAUGUUAAUCUAUAUCUAGAUGUUUUUGGUUAAAUUAAUCAAUGUCUUGACCUAUUGAAGUUUCGAUAAAAUCAACUUUUUGAAGAGGUUUUAAAGUUGACUUUUGGUCAGUGGCGUAGCUUGGGUGGGGGGAGGAUGGGGAGAAUUUGAAAAUCCCCUGGGUCCCCACUUGAGGGGGGCCACCAAAUGAGUUCUUUUUUUACAUUAAAUAUUUAAUUUUACUCAAAAUGCAGGGGCCCCCAAAGAUGUCAAGCCCCACGGGCUCCCAAAUGAUGGAAAAUUCCUAGUUACGCCCCUGAUUUUGGUUAGACUUGAUUGUUAUGUAGUCAUGUUUAAUGUGUGUUUGUUUCUAUUUUCUUAAAUGCCUUUAUAAAAGACACAAGUGCCUUACACUUUAAAGCAUUACAAAAUAUCCUCAUUUUUCUUUCCUAUUAUCAUAACUAAUCAAAUGAAAUAAAGCCUAUGUAAUGCCAAGGUGAUUAAAAAUCACAAAUUUUCAGUCGAUUUAAAUUUAUUGAAUUUGUUAGAAAAAAGGGAAAAUAUAGCCAUUUGUAUUUUAAUGAUAACACUAUUUUGUUAUAUGAAAUUUUCACAACUCGCCAUUACAAAUGUACGGUACGGUAUAUACUAUGCGAUGUUUAGACUAUAUUUCUUAUACACUUCUAUAUUACAGAGAAUGUGAAUGUUAACAUUACUACGCUAAAAAUGUUGGUGUUAAAGUGUACUGUUAAUGUAAAUUGGUCAAUAUAUAAAAAAAAUGUGUUGAUAUUAUUCGUUUUAAUGUUGAUGGAGUUAUGUUCCACAUAUUUUUGGUGCAAACUUAUUAUGUAUUAUCCUCUUGUGGAAUAGUGUUAUCUUAUAAAAAGUUACGCCUUUACAUUUUGGGUACAGUAGGAGAGAAGAUUGCUUAAUAACAACUUUUCCUAUGUAAUUUCUUUUGUUCCAUUUAUAUAACUUAUUUAACAUUUUUUUUUAAAUGUAUGUAUUAAUAUAACAUUAUUUUAAACAGAAAAUUUUAAAAUAUUUUCCUUUUUGGAUUAAAUUAUUUAUAAUUAUUAUAUGUGAUUCUGUGAUAUUAAAAAAAAAUGUAUUUUUGCUACAUAAACUAUUUUCAUAUAUUUAUUUCCUUUUUGUGUUUUUUUAAUGAAAACAAUUUUUGAUGUUCACGGAAAGAAGAUAUUUUAUGAAGAGAAUUCAUCAUCUUUGUUUUGAUGUAUUGAUGUUUUUGAUGUAUUCAUUAAAUAUGAUUUUAAAUAUCAAUACAUAUACAUAUAUAUUUUAUUACCAUGCAUUGCACAAUGGCACAGAAAUCUUUUCAUGUUUUUGAAGUAUAAAUAUCAAAUUGCUAUCAUGCUUAAGAAAAACGAUAAAGCAUUUGUGGAUGUACUUUCUCUUUUCUCUCUAUCUCUCUCUCUAUAUAUAUAUAACCUAUACAUGUAACGACUUGUGUCUCUCAUUGAGGAAGAAAAAGAGUAAUAAACUUCAGAACUCAGAA